AUGUCGAGUACAACUAACCUUACGUUGUACGUCGCCGGGGCGUCUUACUACUCGGUUCGGGUAGAGGUUGCAUUGGCCGAGAAGGGUAUAAACUAUGACCGUUGUACAAUAAACGGAUUCAUUUGUGAAAACUUGGAACCAUGGUACAUGAAAAUGAAUCCUACUGGAAAGGUACCUACACUGAUGCACGGCGAUAAGCCUGUCUGUGGAUCGGCAGCAAUAUUGAAGUAUUUGGAUGACGAAUUUCCAGAAACUGUGUCAUUAUACCCUGACAAGCAAUCUCCACUGUAUGAUCAAAUCAAACAGUUUGAAGAAUUGGUAGACAGUUAUUUCCUAGGAACUCUUGUUGGUGGAUGCUAUAAAUAUCCAAAAUAUGUUCCAAAAUUUGGAUUAUGGGAUCACAACUGCUGUAAAAACAUUUGGAUGGUCGGUCAUAAAAUCAUCCCAUCUCGGGCCGCUGAAAACGCCAGAAAACACCCGGAGCUGACAGAAUUGUAUGAAAGAAAGAAAGACAAUAUUGUUGAGUAUGACCCAACUGAAGAAGUAUUCAAGGAUGUUCUAGAGAAAGUGAAGAACAUCGUGGAUACUGCUGAAGAAAAGUUUCAGGAUAGAGCAGAUAAAGGUGAAAAAGUAGAAUACUUCAUGACUGACAACUUCUCCUCGGCUGAUAUAUACCUCGUGGUGUUUCUGAAGAAAGUGGGCGCUAUUGGUUUCAGCUCUUACUGGGAGGACGGAAAGCACCCAUUUGUGACGGAAUACUUUAAGCGGUUGAAACAACGGCCAUCGGUGAAAGAGGUGUUCAAGGUAUAUGACGCGGAUAUUCAGAAGAUAAGCGAGUUCCAAAUCAAAGGAUUGUUUGCUGGAAAACUUUGA